AUGACAUAUGGAUUCAAAGAUAAGCAUGGUGAAGGACGUUAUGGAGGGGUCUACAAAGGUGACCUUUCUGAUGGGCGUGCAGUUGCAGUGAAGAUCCUAAAAGCAUCUAAAGGUGAUGGAGAAGAAUUUAUCAAUGAAGUUGCAAGCAUCAGCCAAACUUCUCAUGUCAAUGUCGUAUCUCUUUUAGGAUAUUGUCUUGAUGGGAGCAAAAGAGCUCUUAUUUAUGACUUAAUGCCAAAUGGAUCCCUAGAGAAAUACAUAUAUGGUGAUGGUUCUCUCUUGGGACUGCACAAAUUGUAUCAAAUAGCUGUUGGAAUUGCUAAAGGAUUGGAGUAUCUUCACCGUGGAUGCAACACAAGAAUUUUGCAUUUUGACAUAAAGCGUCAUAACAUACUCCUUGAUGAGGAAUUCUGUCCUAAGAUAUCAGAUUUUGAUUUGGAAAAACUAUGCACCAGGAAAGAAAGCAUUUUAUCCAUGUUGGGAGCACGAGGGACGUUUGGUUAUAUUGCUCCCAAAAUAAUCAGUAGGAGUUUUGGAGGAGUCUCACACAAGUCCGAUGUCUAUAGUUAUGGAAUGAUGGUUCUAGAAAUGGUCGGAGGAAGAAAAAAUGUCAAGGGAGAAGUGAGCCAUACAAGUGAGAUAUAUUUUCCUUACUGGGCAUAUCAGCAUAUUCAGCUAGACGAUGAGCUGAAACUACACGGGAUUAUAAUCAAAGAAGAAGAAGAAACUGCAAGGAGGAUGAUAUUAGUAGGUCUCUGGUGCAUCUAA